AUGGUAUCUAGAAUUUUGCGAGCAACACCUUUAGGUCGCUUGCGGCUUGCAGAAACAGAGGAUGUUUCAAAUAUUAUGUCUCUUGUUACUGAAUCUAUGGCAAAGAACUUUCGUAUCAACAAAUCUUCCGAUAUCGCAUAUCUCAUUGAAACUUGUAUUCUGUCAAUAUGCCAGCUAGAUAUAAAUGAAACAAUCGUCGGUUGCUUAAUACUAAAAGAUUAUCCUUUAGUACCUUCGGUGAACCCCGGUGCUUGGGAAGAUUUUGUCUGGACGAAGUUCAAACUUCUAGAAUUAAAUGCGCGAAACACGCUCUUCAUCCAUAUGCUAUGCUGGAACGCAGUCUAUGCUCGAGAAGCAGUUGACAACAUGUUGAAAUCUGUUUUUAUGCAUGACCCUUAUUUGCAUUAUAUUGGAAUGAUGAAAUCCUUGGUUAAUUAUCAGUUGCUAGUCCCUGGCCAGUCUCGUUCUGAGGCUUCAUUUAAACGUAUUCAAGCUAUAGAACGUGGUAUUCCUGGGGACCAACUGCCAGCGCUGUGGAUAGCUGAAAGGAAAGAAGUUAGCCCCAGGCUGAGGAUAAGACGCGCUGUAGAAGAAGACAAUGAUGAUUUAGUUCCAAUAAUAGAACAGUAUUCAACACGUUUGCGAGAACUUUACGGUGAUUUCUACAUAAGUGAGUUAAUAUCGCGGCAUCCUGAGUCGGAACGAGUCCUUCUGGUGUGUGAGCAUAAAGAGUUAGCAGUGGGAGUUAUGUGCUUAAACACUCAAAUCAACUACGAGGCUUUGGAGGGGAGUUUUGAACUUUCUCCUUUCGCCGGUCUUAGACAACUCGACAGUCCACCGAAGCCUCGAGAACACGAUUCUGCUUUAAGUUUUCUUACGAGUGCUGGCAACAAUGUUGAAUCUAAGCAAGUAUCCGCCUCGGAAAUACCUGUCACGAAAGAAACAAAAUCAAGGGUUACGUGGGUAUUUGAAGAAGACGUUUUUAAAGAUAUCUCCAGGGGAACAGAAGAAAGGUCUCGUCCACAAGCGAUGCAGGAAUGUCAAUUAGACAUACUUCAACUGUUAGAAGACGAGGAAGACGAAAUGGAAUAUGAUAUUGUGAACAUUGAUACCGAUUUGUUGAGAUUACCGCGUCUCUUUAUGAAUGAAGAUUUUAUUAAGAAACCAUGGUUUUCGGAAAUAGAUCAGCAGCCUCAGCACCGAAAAGAAUCUAUGUUUGAAAAUAAAUGCCUUAUUAAAGAUACACCAAAAUCACAUACAAGUCCGACGUCGAGCUUCGUAUCACAGUGUAAAGUAACGGAACCUACUCGUUACUCUGGUGCUCCAAAUGCAUUUUUACUAGAAUUGUUCGCAAUGCAUCCCGACUAUGAUGAAAGAUACGGCUUUGACAUGCUCGAAGCAGCGUAUGAUCUAUUUCCUGAUAGAGAUUACUGUGUUAUGUGUCUGCCCUCAAGUCACACGUGUUUUCCGCUUCUUGAACAUUUUACGCUUGUGACGCCGUAUAACUUUCGACUGCGCUUCAUCAAUGAAACUCUUUAUGUAGCUCAUGUUAACUCAGUCAGGGGAGAUGUAAGAGUACGUCAAGCAGAAGCAUACGAUAUACCAAAAUUAAAAGAUGUUUUAGAACACUCACCCAGAAAGCAAGACUUGUUUGACUUAUUUGAAGCCAGCUUGAAUUCAGUAUCAUUGUCCUCAUACGUUUUUCUAAGCCAAAAUCAACCUAUAGGAUUGAUUAUUCUUGGACCUUUAGAAGAUGCUACUUCAAUAAGGACGCAGUACGACUUAGAGGCUGAGCCUAGAAGAUCAGGGACUGAUACAUCUAUUUUAGCGUGUGUAAUGUCACCAAUCAUGGAGCCCCACGGCCGAUGGUACUUAAGAGACGUGUUACGGCAAACAAAGUAUUUCACCUUGUUCUGGGUUUGCAGACUUUUUGCUAAAGGCGAUGCGAGUCCAAGUCGCAACCUCAUGUCGUUAGCAAGUCAAAUGCUGCCAGUACGUCCCCGUCGCACCAUACCAAACGUGUUCGGUAACAAACGGCUAGACAAGAUAUUUAAAGACAUUGCAACACCGUUCGCUCUGUGGUCCUUGGAACGACCGUUGACUAGUCUUCCGAAGGUGCACGUCAAUAGUAGCAUCGUUAUAGUUGGCGCCAGUCGAACUGGUCUGGCUUUCCUUGAAACGCUGCUUUUAGGUCCCACAGCUGAAUACCUAACGUUUACGAACAUAACUCUAAUAUCUCAACACGGCCUGCCGACUGUCACAGAUUGUAUGCACGCGGCUGAGACUUGCGUUCCUCGAGACGGACGAUACACUGACCGUUAUCUGAAGAGCCUGCCUUUUUACUACUAUGUGGAUAUUAUGUCUGCGAUUAUGAUUGAAAUUGAUAGAAAGAAGAAAUGCAUCCACUUGAAGGGCGGUGGAGUUAAGUUCUAUGACGAACUUGUGCUUGUAUGUGGUCAGCAAUUCCAACACCCCGAAUAUUUGAAAGAUGCAAUACAACUAGCUAAGGAAGUCGAGAAAGGAAAACCUUGCCACAGAAUAUUAAUGGAUAAUCCUAUAUAUAAACCGGAUUUUGUGCCACUCCUUCCUGAAAUACCUGAAAAUGUGAUGUUGAUUAACUCGUUGUACGAGGCCAACGCUUGCCUUAGAAAAUUAAUGAGAUUGAUAUCAGACACAAAAAAUAGUAAUUAUGGUCUUAAUGAAAAUAACAAAAUCGUGGUAUACGGGGACUAUAUAGAAGUUUACAGUUGCAUCGCUGCGUUAUUGGAAUUAGGAAUUUCUCCAAACAACAUUGCCUUUGUUGAACCCUUCCCACCGGAAAAUAAUACAGCUGUGAGAGUAAAUUGCUUUAACAAUGAAACAGUGGAUGAAAGAGUUCAAGCUAGUGUUGAGAAGCUCGGUAUUCGUGUACAUAGAAGAUGCUAUUUUCAUGGUUGGUCGCAAAAGGAAACUCGUGUUGAAUUCCUGCGCCUUAUGACACCAACGCACGCUAUACAUUUACCAUGUUUUGCCUUAUUCUAUUAUGGGAUAAAGGCGAUUGAUUUAAAUGCUUUUAAAGCCAUAAAUGAAUGUGGUCUGGUGUAUGAUGGUGGUCUAGUUGUCGGACCGUGGUUCGAUACAAAUGAUCCUCACGUUUUUGGUGCUGGUCCUUGCGUUAAUUAUUCUCGUCGACUCUAUGCGCCAAACCAACUACAUAAAUAUUACUGCUCUGAAGACGUCGGAGAAGCGUUAGCAAGACUAUUUCUACGCAAAGUGGAUCCUUUUAUGACCGGCAGGACUGAACUGGAUCCUGUUGCUUCAGAACUAAUGCAACGAUACAGCUCUUGUUUACUUUCUCGAUGGCAACCAGUAAUGAAGUUCGAGUCACCAAUAGUACAGUCGGCAACAUUACCAGGUCCACUGUACUAUAUGAAGUUACGCGCUUCCGGUCGAGAUUUUCCCGCGGCGGUGAGGCUCUUGCUACCUGACCAGGGCCAUACGCUUGUAACAGAUAACCGACAGAAUUACUUUAGGCUUCAGAUAAAUGCAUUGCACUGUAUCGAAUCCAUUAUUUGCCUUUCAAAGAAACAGUUUUCCUGCGAAACUUUAACGCAAUUGUAUGGUAAACACGAAGCGUAUUUUAACAACCUUCUUGGUAGAUAUAAAAUGAAUCUGAUCGAUGAUAUGUAUGAUUAUUUCACUCAGACCUGGACAGCGGCUUUAUACCAGGAACCAUUUAGUGUUCUUUUGAACGAUAUUUAUAAAGAAGGCGGAAACACGGAGUGUGGUCAAAACGAAGCGCUGAGACACGAGGCUGCGACAUUCUGGAAGGCUGUUGGUGGUGAUGAAAUCGUAUACUCUCUACUUUCUCGCUAUCUCAAUAAAAACAUUGUAACUAAUCCUCAGUAUGCUAUACCCGACCAAGAAUUUAUUUAAAUAAAUUUACUCAUGUCGUUUA